GUGGUGGCGCAGUCGCGUGUCUCGCGCCGGGCCGGGGCGCCCCUUUUGAGUGUUUGGGCUCUCGGGCCGUCCCGGCACCGUUCCGGGUGCGCCCGGAAGCGGAAGCGGAGCCGGAAGCGGAACCGGGCCGCGGCCGUGCUCGCCUCCGGGCCGCCAUGGAGGCCCCCGAGGACGGCGGCGGGAGCGGGGAGCCGGGGGGCCGGAGCUUGUCGGAGCUGUGCGCGCAGCUGCUGCGUGCGCGGGACGCGAGCGGCCGGCUCCUGAUGGGCCACGAGUUGCUGCUGCGGCUGCGGGCGCCCGGGCCCGGAGCGGGGGCCGCGGGGCCGGAGCCGGAGCUGGACGAGGCCGCGCUGAGCCGGGUCGUGGACGAGCUCACCGCCUGGCUGCCGGCCAGCCACAGCAAGGUGGCAUUACUUGGAUUAGAAAUUUUAAGUGCCUUCAUUGACAGAUUGUCUACAAGAUUUAAAUCCUACAUACCCUCAGUUAUUUCAGCUUUACUAGAUCGGCUGGGAGAUUCCAAAGACCAGGUCCGAGACCAGGCGCAGAAUCUGAUCUUGAAGAUCAUUGGUCACGCCGCUUCACCCAUGUAUGUUUGGGAGCACUUGACUGUUGGUUUUAAACACAAGAACUAUCGGUCCCGAGAAGGUGUCUGUCUGUGUCUUAUUGCCACCUUAAACAUCUAUGGUGCACACUCGCUAGUCCUCAGCAAGUUGGUGCCACAUUUGUGCAUCUUAUUUGGAGAUUCCAAUGGUCAGGUGAGGGAUGCUGCAAUAUUGGCCAUGGUGGAGAUCUACUGCCAUGUGGGAGAGAAAGUCAGAGUGGACCUCAGCAGGAGAGGCCUCCCCGCUGCCCGGUUACAGGCAGUAUUCGCCAAGUUUGAUGAAGCGAGAGGCUCAGGCAGCAUGGCGUUGAGCGUCGCUGACGAUAAAAGCUUUGAUGAUGAGGAAUCAGUGGAUGGAAACAGGCCGUCAACAGCAGCCUCAGCCUUCAAGGUUCCUGCCCCAAAGACUUCUGGAAACCCUGUCAACAGUGGCCGGAAGCCUGGUUCCUCUGGGGGACCAAAGGCUGGAGGUGCGUCCAAGGAAGGUGGUGCCGGUGCUGUGGAUGAAGAUGACUUUAGGAAAGCCUUUGCAGAGGUUCCUUCUGUCCAGAUAUAUUCUAGUCGUGAACUUGAAGAAACGUUGAAUAAAAUCAGGGAAAUUUUAUCUGAUGACAAGCAUGAUUGGGACCAGCGUGCGAACGCGCUCAAGAAAGUCCGGUCCCUGUUGCUGGCUGGCGCGGCCCAGUACGACUGCUUCUUCCAGCAUCUGCGCCUGUUGGACGGUGCCCUGAAGCUUUCCGCCAAGGAUUUGCGGUCCCAGGUGGUACGCGAAGCCUGCAUCACUGUCGCACAUCUCUCCACGGUCUUAGGCAACAAGUUUGACCAUGGCGCCGAAGCCAUCGUGCCUACCCUUUUUAACCUGGUCCCCAACAGCGCCAAAGUCAUGGCCACGUCUGGCUGUGCGGCGAUCCGCUUCAUCAUCCGGCACACGCACGUGCCCCGGCUUAUCCCGCUGAUAACCAGCAACUGUUCCUCUAAGUCAGUGGCUGUGAGGAGGCGUUCCUUUGAGUUUUUGGACCUCCUCUUGCAAGAGUGGCAGACGCAUUCCUUGGAAAGACACGCCGCUGUGUUGGUCGAGACAAUUAAGAAGGGGAUUCAUGAUGCAGACGCCGAGGCCAGAGUGGAAGCCAGAAAGACGUACAUGGGCCUCAGAAACCACUUUCCUGGUGAAGCCGAGACCUUGUAUAACUCCCUGGAACCUUCCUAUCAGCGCAGCCUCCAGACGUACCUCAAGAACUCGGGCAGUGCUGCGUCCCUCCCUCCCUCAGACCGGUCGUCCUCCAGCUCCCAGGAGAGCCUCAACCGCCCAUUCUCCUCCAAAUGGUCUGCAGGGAGUGCCUCGGCCGGCCCUGGGAGAGUGUCUUCCAGUAGUGGUAAAACGACAGGCAGUCCUGGAAGUCUUCAGCGGUCCCACAGUGACAUCGAUGUGAAUACUGCCGCAGGGGCCAAGGCCCGCCACAUUGCUGGGCAGGCAGGUGGUGGCAGCAGCGGGCGCCUCGGCCCUGGUACCCUCACUCCUGGGUCUUACGCUUCUCUAGAGGAUGCAUCAGACAAGACGGAUGGGACAGCUUCUGAAGAUGGUCGCAUGAGAUCCAGGCUUUCCACGGCCGUGGCAGGCGUGGCCAACUCCAAGGCGGAUUCCCGGGGGCGCAGCAGGACCAAGAUGGUCUCCCAGUCUCAGCGUUCCUCGUCACCUGACAAAAGCGAAGAACCUGCUGCUGCAGUACCUUGUUUCUGGUUCGAACUGCAGGCAGAAAAAUCCCAUCGGAUCUCUUGGAUCGAAGCAGGAUCCCAGUCGGCUAACCCCAUGGGCGCUGGCAGCCGCUCGGGGUCCCCAGGAAGAGUUUUAGCCAGCACCGCACUCUCCACCGUGAGCUCAGGCGUCCAGAGAGCGCUGGUCAGUCCUGCAUCGGCCCAGAAGCGAAGCAAGAUCCCUCGGAGCCAGGGCUGUAGUCGAGAGGCCAGCCCUUCUCGCCUCUCUGUAGCGCGAGGCAGCCGCAUCCCUCGCCCCAGCGUGAGUCAGGGCUGCAGCCGCGAGGCCAGUCGGGAGAGCAGCAGAGACACGAGUCCGGUCCGCUCUUUCCAGCCCCUGGCUUCCAGGCAUCACUCCAGAUCGACAGGUGCCCUCUACACCCCCGAUGUUUGCGGGGCCACAGGGGCGGGCUACGGGAUCAGUCAGUCCAGCCGCUUGUCGUCUUCCGUCAGCGCCAUGCGUGUCCUGAACACGGGCUCCGACGUGGAAGAAGCCGUCGCCGAUGCCUUGCUCUUAGGAGACAUGCGGACCAAGAAAAAGCCCGCGCGCAGGCGGUAUGAGCUAUAUGGCGGUGGCGUGUACUCGGACGACGACGCCAACAGCGACGCCUCAAGCGCCUGCUCCGAGCGCUCCUACAGCUCCCGAAACGGCAGCAUCCCCACCUAUAUGCGGCAGACGGAGGAUGUGGCCGAGGUGCUGAACCGCUGUGCCAGCUCCAACUGGUCAGAGAGGAAGGAGGGCCUGCUGGGCCUUCAGAGCCUGCUCAGGAGCCAGCGGACGCUGAGUCGUGUCGAGCUGAAAAGAUUGUGUGAGAUUUUCACCAGGAUGUUCGCUGACCCUCACAGCAAGAGAGUCUUCAGCAUGUUUCUGGAAACACUGGUGGACUUCCUCCAGGUGCAUAAAGAUGACCUUCAGGAUUGGCUCUUUGUGCUGCUGACCCAGCUGCUGAAGAAAACAGGAGCGGAUUUGCUUGGGUCCGUGCAGGCCAAAGUUCAGAAAGCCCUGGAUAUUACCAGAGAGUCUUUCCCCAAUGACCUUCAGUUCAACAUUCUGAUGAGGUUCACUGUGGAUCAGACCCAGACGCCGAGCUUAAAGGCAGUCCAGCCCACCCUGCGGGACCAGCUGCGCUCCUCCCCUGGGAGCUCCAAGGUAAAAGUCGCCAUCCUCAAGUACAUCGAGACACUAGCCCAGCAGAUGGACCCGGGGGAUUUUGUCAACUCCAGUGAAACGCGCCUGGCCGUGUCUCGGAUCAUCACGUGGACCACGGAACCCAAGAGUUCUGACGUGAGGAAGGCAGCUCAGGCGGUGCUCAUCUCCUUAUUUGAGCUCAAUACUCCCGAGUUUACAAUGCUGCUGGGAGCUUUACCAAAAACCUUUCAGGAUGGUGCUACCAAACUACUUCACAAUCACCUUCGGAACACCGGCACUGGCAGCCAGGGUUCAAUGGGGAGUCCCUUGACGAGGCCCACUCCACGCUCACCGGCUAAUUGGCCUAGUCCUCUUACGUCCCCCACAAACACCGCUCAGAACACUCUGUUACCAAGCGCAUUUGACUACGACACAGAGAACAUGAACUCUGAGGACAUCUACAGCUCUCUUCGAGGCGUCACCGAAGCCAUCCAGAAUUUUAGCUUCCGCAGCCAGGAGGACAUGCAUGAGCCGGUCAAGAGGGAGCCCAAGAGGGAAAGCGACAGCGAGCUGAUGGGCAGCGACCCUCGCGCUGGUGGGGAUGCCCCCGACUCGGGCCGAGCGGUUCUCGACAACAAAACCUCAGUGCUCAACACGAUGCCCCCACACUCCUCACCGCGCUCUCGGGACUACAACCCCUACAAUUACUCGGAUGGCGUCGGCUCCUUCAACAAGUCAGCCUUGAAGGAAGCAAUGUUUGAUGACGAUGCAGAUCAGUUUCCUGAUGACCUGUCUCUGGACCACUCGGACCUUGUGGCCGAGCUGCUGAAGGAGCUGUCCAAUCACAAUGAGCGUGUGGAGGAGAGAAAAAGCGCCCUCUGCGAGCUCCUGAAGCUAACUCAAGAAGAUGCCUUCGGGGUCUGGGACGAGCACUUCAAAACCAUCCUGCUCUUACUGCUCGAGACGCUCGGGGACAGAGAGCACUCAGUCAGGGCUUUGGCCCUAAGAGUUCUAAGAGAAAUCCUAAGGAACCAACCAGCCAGAUUUAAAAACUAUGCCGAGCUGACCAUCAUGAAGACCCUCGAGGCCCACAAGGACCCACAUAAAGAGGUGGUGAGGUCCGCCGAAGAAGCCGCAUCCAUGCUGGCCACCUCCAUCAGCCCAGAGCAGUGCAUCAAAGUGCUCUGUCCCAUUAUCCAGACGGCAGAUUACCCCAUCAAUCUGGCCGCCAUCAAGAUGCAGACCAAGGUGAUCGAGAGGGUGUCCCAGGACACCCUGGCCCAGCUGCUGCCGGAGAUCGUGCCGGGCCUCAUCCAGGGAUACGACAACUCGGAGAGCAGCGUCCGAAAAGCUUGUGUCUUCUGCCUCGUGGCCAUCCAUGCUGUCAUUGGCGACGAGCUGAAGCCCCACCUCAGCCAGCUCACAGGGAGCAAAAUGAAGCUGUUAAAUUUGUACAUCAAGCGGGCGCAGACGGGCUCUGGAGGCAGCGAUCCCAGCACAGCCAGCGAUGUGCCUGGGCAGAGCUAGCCGAGUGUGACCGGGACAGAAAAGGACGCUUGUAGACCCGCGCCUGGACUCCGGCUUUUCCCCCUUUUUGUUUUCUUUAACAGGUGGCUGUCCUCAGCCUGCAUGUACCCGUCGCAUAGAGUGGUUCCAGACCCAAGGAGAACAGUAUUAAUGCGGUUAAUGAACACAGAUCUGCUUCGUCGUUUUACCAGUCCUCACUCCUGUCUUCCCAUUAACCUUUGCCAGUGUUAUGAUUGUACCCAUUUUUUAAAUUGCUGAUUAAACAGGAAUGCUUGGAGCUUCACAGGUUUAAAAUCUGAAAACAUUUUUGCCUUUAUUCAGCUGCAGAAUAACAUUUCUGUCACCACUUUGAGUUCUGCUGACUAUCACGUCCUUUGCUAGAAACGUGAAAUGCUGUGGAGAAAAAGCAAGACUUUCCCCUGGAGCUCGCCCCUCGCACUCGGUCUGGGGGCCUGAUGGGGCCGGAGAGCCGGGGGGCCUCGGACGCGAAAGGAAUCGGCCGAUCCCGCCUGAUGCUGACCGCUGCUGGCGUAUGGCAUCUGCCGCCUCGGACCGCCGAGGCCCAGGGGGGCCCACGGGGCCAGAGAGGUCGCCAGACCGACUGGGCGUGAGACUGGCCAGGCCUCCUGUGGGGGGCGGUCGGGGAGCUCGGCCUGGCUCUCCAGCUUUAGCUCCGCGUGCCUAGCACGACUUUCUGGACAAAGGUCUGUCCGGAGCGAGCUCCUUAGCUCUGCCCUCUGUGGGCAGGUGCACUCUUGGGGAGCUGAGGAGAAGGAAGCCGGUCCCCCGUUCUCGGCCACUGCCCUCUCUACCUCUGCAGAGCCUGCGCCCGCGCCAUCCAUCGUCCCGUGCAGUGAGCCCUCGGUGGUUCCCGCGUUCGUGUCCGUGACCUCCCAGAUGCCGCCACCAUCGUGGAAGCCACGCCUGCGUGGCCGAGUCAGUGGUAGAAAUGGAUGGAGAAACUCCUGCGACGAGGGAAAAGAUCCUGUCCUUUUUCUAGCGGCCGCGUCGCCCCCACCCGGGCCCCUCCCCCGGUGCCUCGUUUUCCUCUUAACUGUUAAUCACAUUGUGUAUUUAUGGUUCUGUGCUCCCCAUUGUGCGUACCCUGGCAAUAAACCUGUACAUAACAUUA